AGCCCGACCCAAAGGAGACAGUGGCUCUGUGGCUCUCUUCCGACCACCUCCCACUCUGACGAGUCCUGAGAGAGUGAUAGGUUGGUGGAAGAGAAGAUGGAACAGACGGAGAAAGAAACGAUCAGGGAAGCGUCAGAGGAGAUAUCGAAUGACUUCAAAACACUAAUCGAUGCUCAGGACUUGGAUUCCCUCAAACAAUUGCAGCACAUCAUAUUGGGGAGGUUGCAAGAUGGAAAUGCAGUCCUGUCACAUUUUAAUGAGUUUUCAGAGAACAGUUUUGCUGAGGUUUCUGCAGAUUUCUCGAGAAACACACGCCGUUUAAAGUCUAUGAAGACUGAUCUUGAACACAUAUUUCAGAAGUUAAGGAGCAUGAAGUCAAGAAUUUUGGCUACCUAUCCAGAUGCAUUUCCAGAUGACUCGAAACAAGUACUCGAUCGAAGGCCGGACCUUGAAACGCCUCUGUGAAACUAAAGUUCAUGCUGUCUUGAAAGAACACGUUAAUGGUUUGUUAUGGAAGUGUUCCGGGAUUAAGCCUGUGAGCCAGUGCGUUGGAGAUCUCCAUGGUCUGUUUUGCAGAGCUUUUCCUUGGAGGCGUUUGGCGCACAUAGAACAAUCGUCUAAUUCCGUCCUUGUAUGCUUUUCCUGUUUUCCAUGUAUUGAUCUGAAGUUAAUACACAGGAUACAACAUACUUGAAAAUCCCUUUAUUGUAUACCUUUCGUCUCUAUGUAGAUUGUGUAUGAGAGACAGAGUUGCUCGGCUCGAUGAGCAGCAAUGUACUCGAGCUGUCAUCAAGCCGAGUACCUCAGGACCACUUAUAUGGAUUUUCAUUAUAAAAAACUAAAGUGAGAAUUUAUAUCAA